AUGUCUAGACCACGCGCGCGUACGGAGUUCGUCACCCAUGCUGUUGCAGUGAAGUCUCAUCAGAAAAUCAGAAACAGCUGCGCAGAAGCGGCUGCGCGGAAGCGGCUGCGCGGAAGCGGCUGCGCGGAAGCGGCUGCGCGGAAGCGGCUGCGCGGAAGCGGCUGCGCGGAAGCGGCUGCGCGGAAGCGGCUGCGCGGAAGCGGCUGCGCGGAAGCGGCUGCGCGGAAGCGGCUGCGCGGAAGCGGCUGCGCGGAAACGGCUGCGCAGAAACGGCUGCGCAGAAACGGCUGCGCAGAAACGGCUGCGCAGAAACGGCUGCGCAGAAACGGCUGCGCAGAAACGGCUGCGCAGAAACGGCUGCGCAGAAACGGCUGCGCAGAAACGGCUGCGCAGAAACGGCUGCGCAGAAACGGCUGCGCAGAAACGGCUGCGCAGAAACGGCUGCGCAGAAACGGCUGCGCAGAAACGGCUGCGCAGAAACAGCUGCGCAGAAACAGCUGCGCAGAAGCAGCUGCGCAGAAGCAGCUGCGCAGAAACAGCUGCGCAGAAACAGCUGCGCAGAAACAGCUGCGCAGAAACAGCUGCGCAGAAACAGUGCGCAGAAACAGCUGCGCAGAAACAGCUGCGCAGAAACAGCUGCGCAGAUACAGCUGCGCAGAUACAGCUGCGCAGAAACAGCUGCGCAGAAACAGCUGCGCAGAAACAGCUGCGCAGAAACAGCUGCGCAGAAACAGCUGCGCAGAAACAGCUGCGCAGAAACAGCUGCGCAGAAACAGCUGCGCAGGAACAGCUGCGCAGGAACAGCUGCGCAGAAACAGCUGCGCAGGAACAGCUGCGCAGGAACAGCUGCGCAGGAACAGCUGCGCAGAAACAGCUGCGCAGAAACAGCUGCACAGGAACAGCUGCGCAGGAACAGCUGCGCAGGAACAGCUGCGCAGGAACAGCUGCGCAGAAACAGCUGCGCAGGAACAGCUGCGCAGGAACAGCUGCGCAGGAACAGCUGCGCAGAAACAGCUGCGCAGAAACAGCUGCGCAGAAACAGCUGCGCAGAAACAGCUGCGCAGAAACAGCUGCGCAGAAACAGCUGCGCAGAAACAGCGGCGCAGAAACAGCGGCGCAGAAACACUCUAUAGCCUCCGGUUACAGGAGCGUACCUCCAUGUUCAAUGUUUUUUGGGCAGUUGAACAUGUAAAGUUGAAUCCCAAACGGCUGCGCAGAAGCGGCUGCGCAGAAGCGGCUGCGCAGAAGCGGCUGCGCAGAAGCGGCUGCGCAGAAGCGGCUGCGCAGAAGCGGCUGCGCAGAAGCGGCUGCGCAGAAGCGGCUGCGCAGAAGCGGCUGCGCAGAAGCGGCUGCGCAGUAGCGGCUGCGCAGAAGCGGCUGCGCAGAAGCGGCUGCGCAGAAGCGGCUGCGCAGAAGCGGCUGCGCAGAAGCGGCUGCGCAGAAGCGGCUGCGCAGAAGCGGCUGCGCAGAAACGGCUGCGCAGAAACGGCUGCGCAGAAGCGGCUGCGCAGAAGCGGCUGCGCAGAAGCGGCUGCGCAGAAGCGGCUGCGCAGAAGCGGCUGCGCAGAAGCGGCUGCGCAGAAGCGGCUGCGCAGAAGCGGCUGCGCAGAAGCGGCUGCGCAGAAGCGGCUGCGCAGAAGCGGCUGCGCAGAAACGGCUGCGCAGAAACGGCUGCGCAGAAACGGCUGCGCAGAAACGGCUGCGCAGAAACGGCUGCGCAGAAACGGCUGCGCAGAUACGGCUGCGCAGAAACGGCUGCGCAGAAACGGCUGCGCAGGAACGGCUGCGCAGGAACGGCUGCGCAGGAACGGCUGCGCAGGAACGGCUGCGCAGGAACGGCUGCGCAGGAACGGCUGCGCAGGAACGGCUGCGCAGGAACGGCUGCGCAGGAACGGCUGCGCAGGAACGGCUGCGCAGGAACGGCUGCGCAGGAACGGCUGCGCAGGAACGGCUGCGCAGAAGCGGCUUCGCAGAAGCGGCUGCGCAGAAGCGGCUGCGCAGAUGCGGCUGCGCAGAAGCGGCUGCGCAGAAGCGGCUGCGCAGAAGCGGCUGCGCAGAAGCGGCUGCGCAGAAGCGGCUGCGCAGAAGCGGCUGCGCAGAAGCGGCUGCGCAGAAGCGGCUGCGCAGAAGCGGCUGCGCAGAAGCGGCUGCGCAGAAGCGGCUGCGCAGAAACGGCUGCGCAGAAACGGCUGCGCAGAAACGGCUGCGCAGGAACGGCUGCGCAGGAACGGCUGCGCAGAAACGGCUGCGCAGAAACGGCUGCGCAGAAACGGCUGCGCAGAAACGGCUGCGCAUAAACGGCUGCGCAUAAACGGCUGCGCAGAAACGGCUGCGCAGAAACGGCUGCGCAGAAACGGCUGCGCAGAAACGGCUGCGCAGAAACGGCUGCGCAGAAACGGCUGCGCAGAAACGGCUGCGCAGAAGCAGCUGCGCAGAAGCAGCUGCGCAGAAGCAGCUGCGCAGAAACAGCUGCGCAGAAACAGCUGCGCAGAAACAGCUGCGCAGAUACGGCUGCGCAGAUACGGCUGCGCAGAAACGGCUGCGCAGAAACGGCUGCGCAGAAACGGCUGCGCUGAUACGGCUGCGCAGAAACGGCUGCGCAGAAACGGCUGCGCAGAAACGGCUGCGCAGAAGCGGCUGCGCAGAAGCGGCUGCGCAGAAGCGGCUGCGCAGAAGCGGCUGCGCAGAAGCGGCUGCGCAGAAGCGGCUGCGCAGAAACGUCUGCGCAGAAACGGCUGCGCAGAAGCAGCUGCGCAGAAACAGCUGCGCAGAAGCAGCUGCGCAGAAACAGCUGCGCAGAAACAGCUGCGCAGAAACAGCUGCGCAGAAACUGUGCGCAGAAACAGCUGCGCAGAAACAGCUGCGCAGAAACAGCUGCGCAGAUACAGCUGCGCAGAAACAGCUGCGCAGAAACAGCUGCGCAGAUACAGCUGCGCAGAUACAGCUGCGCAGAAACAGCUGCGCAGAAACAGCUGCGCAGAAACAGCUGCGCAGAAACAGCUGCGCAGGAACAGCUGCGCAGGAACAGCUGCGCAGAAACAGCUGCGCAGGAACAGCUGCGCAGGAACAGCUGCGCAGAAACAGCUGCGCAGGAACAGCUGCGCAGGAACAGCUGCGCAGGAACAGCUGCGCAGGAACAGCUGCGCAGGAACAGCUGCGCAGGAACAGCUGCGCAGAAACAGCUGCGCAGAAACAGCUGCGCAGAAACAGCUGCGCAGAAACAGCUGCGCAGAAACAGCUGCGCAGAAACAGCUGCGCAGAAACAGCGGCGCAGAAACAGCGGCGCAGAAACAGCGGAUCUCUAGACCACGCGCGCGUACGGAGUUCGUCACCCAUGCUGUUGCAGUGAAGUCUCAUCAGAAAAUCAGAAACAGCUGCGCAGAAGCGGCUGCGCAGAAGCGGCUGCGCAGAAGCGGCUGCGCAGAAGCGGCUGCGCAGAAACGGCUGCGCAGGAACAGCUGCGCAGGAACAGCUGCGCAGGAACAGCUGCGCAGGAACAGAUGCGCAGAAGCGGCUGCGCAGAAACGGCUGCGCAGAAACGGCUGCGCAGAAACGGCUGCGCAGAAACGGCUGCGCAGAAACGGCUGCGCAGAAACGGCUGCGCAGAAACGGCUGCGCAGAAACGGCUGCGCAGAAACGGCUGCGCAGAAACGGCUGCGCAGAAACGGCUGCGCAGAAACGGCUGCGCAGAAACGGCUGCGCAGAAACGGCUGCGCAGAAACGGCUGCGCAGAAACGGCUGCGCAGAAACGGCUGCGCAGAAACGGCUGCGCAGAAACAGCUGCGCAGAAACAGCUGCGCAGAAACAGCUGCGCAGAAACAGCUGCGCAGAAACAGCUGCGCAGAAACAGCUGCGCAGAAACAGCUGCGCAGAAACAGCUGCGCAGAAACAGCUGCGCAGAAACAGCUGCGCAGAAACAGCUGCGCAGAAACAGCUGCGCAGAAACAGCUGCGCAGAAACAGCUGCGCAGAAACAGCUGCGCAGGAACAGCUGCGCAGGAACAGCUGCGCAGAAUCAGCUGCGCAGGAUCAGCUGCGCAGAAACAGCUGCGCAGAAACAGCUGCGCAGGAACAGCUGCGCAGGAACAGCUGCCCAGAAACAGCUGCGCAGAAACAGCUGCGCAGAAACAACUGCGCAGAAACAGCUGCGCAGGAACAGCUGCGCAGGAACAGCUGCGCAGGAACAGCUGCGCAGGAACAGCUGCGCAGGAACAGCUGCGCAGAAACAGCUGCGCAGAAACAGCUGCGCAGAAACAGCUGCGCAGAAACAGCUGCGCAGAAACAGCUGCGCGGAAACAGCUGCGCGGAAACAGCUGCGCGGAAACAGCUGCGCGGAAACAGCUGCGCGGAAACAGCUGCGCGGAAACAGCUGCGCGGAAACAGCUGUGCAGAAACAGCUGCGCAGAAGCAGAUGCGCAGAAACAGCUGCGCAGAAACAGCUGCGCAGAAACAGCUGCGCAGAAACAGCUGCACAGAAACAGCGGCGCAGAAACAGCGGCGCAGAAACAGCGGCGCAGAAACAGCGGCGCAGAAACACUCUAUAGCCUCCGGUUACAGGAGCCUGCGCAUAAACAGCUGCGCCGAAACAGCUGCGCCGAAACAGCUGCGCCGAAACAGCUGCGCCGAAACAGCUGCGCCGAAACAGCUGCGCCGAAACAGCUGCGCCGAAACAGCUGCGCCGAAACAGCUGCGCCGAAACAGCUGCGCCGAAACAGCUGCGCCGAAACAGCUGCGCCGAAACAGCUGCGCCGAAACAGCUGCGCCGAAACUGCUGCGCCGAAACAGCUGCGCCGAAACAGCUGCGCAGAAACAGCUAGGCAUAAGCAGCUGCGCAGAAACAGCUGCGCAGAGACAGCUGCGCAGAAACAGAUGCGCAGAAACAGCUGCGCAGAAACAGCUGCGCAGAAACAGCUGCGCAGAAACAGCUGCGCAGAGACAGCUGCGCAGAGACAGCUGCGCAGAGACAGCUGCGCAGAGACAGCUGCGCAGAAACAGCUGCGCAGAAACAGCUGCGCAGAAACAGCUGCGCAUAAACAGCUGCGCAGAAACAGCUGCGCAGAAACAGCUGCGCAGAAACAGCUGCGCAGAAACAGCUGCGCAGAAACAGCUGUGCAGAAACAGCUGCGCAGAAACAGAUGCGCAGAAACAGCUGCGCAGAAACAGCUGCGCAGAAACAGCGGCGCACAAACAGCGGCGCAGAAACACUCUAUAG